GUCCGGCUGCCUUGCUGUCAAACAGACGCGGGAGCGCCGGCCCGGCCUGAGUCCGAGCGGUCCGGGCCGCCGCCCCGGUUGGCACUGCUGGCCGAGGAGACCACUCCGAGACUUCACUGCGCGAUUGAAGGCUCCCGAGUAUAUGGCGUUCUGAGGACCCGGUUCGUUUAAGGUGUUCGUUUUUGCACUGCGCCCCUGGGCCUUCCCCGAAUUUAUUUUUCCGUUGUAAAGCUGCUUGACACCAAUUUUGCGUCGUGUGGUUUGGCUCCUUGCACUCUGAAUUCUCACUACUGAGGGAGUGUGCUCAAAGCUGAAAUUGCACAAAGCACAACUCAAGUUUGCAUCGGAUGGAAAGUGAACUUAAGCCACAGUGCAUGGUGCUGGAGUGGGAAAAGUGAUGGACCAGUGAAGUGGAAGAGGUGGUGCGUCACGGCCACCGCCCAUGCUGCCCUGCUUCCAGCUGCUGCGCAUAGGGGGCGGCAAGGGCGGUGAUCUCUACACCUUCCACCCGCCAAACAGAGCUGGGUGCACCUAUCGCUUGGGCUGCAGGGCAGACCUGUGCGAUGUGGUCCUGCGGCCCCAGCGGGAGUCUGGUCUCAUCUCCGGAGUCCAUGCGGAGCUGCAUGCUGAGCGAAGGGGCGAUGACUGGAGGGUCAGCGUGGAGGACCAUAGCAGCCAAGGGACCUUGGUCAAUAAUGUUCGACUCCCAAAAGGUCACAGGCUAGAGUUGAGUGAUGGUGACCUUCUGACCUUUGGCCCUGAAGGACCCCCAGCAACCAGCCCCUCAGAGUUCUACUUCAUGUUUCAGCAAGUUCGAGUCAAACCGCAAGAUUUUGCUGCCAUUACCAUCCCACGGUCUAGGGAAGGAACUGGGGCUUGUUUCCAGCCCAUGCUACCACCCCAGGGGGCUCCACAAAGGCCCCUCAGCACUCUCUCCCUUGCCCCCAAAGCCUCACUGAUCCUCAACUCCAUUGGCAGCCUAAGCAAGCUCCAGCCCCAGCCCCUCACCUUCUCCCGGAGUGGAAGUGGGCCACAGAGCCAGCCUGUUCCCACUCCUCCUGGGGACACUGGGACCACUCCUUCUGCCCCACCCCCAAGGAAUCGGAGGAAAUCAGUUCACCGAGUGUUACCAGAACUGGAUGAUGAGAGAGAGGCUCCAGAGAGCCCCCCACCAGUCCUUGUAGAGCCAAGGAAGAAACUCCGUUUAGAGAAAGCCCCACUGAUAUCUGGUGGGAGGGAAUGACUACAAGGGAAAGACCCAUUGCUAUGGACGUCGACUCAAGGCCUAGGGAAGGCACUCAUGGGCACUGCGACAGAAGAAAUGGUUUCCUGCCAAAGACAUUGCUGUUCCCAGGAGGUUGCCACUGAGCUGGAAAUUCCUAGUUACAAGCUGUAGGUCCUUGUUGUCAUUUGGACACUACAAUGUCUGGCCAGAGCACCAUCAAUGCAGAGGCCACACCUGGGAGGAUGUAAGCCCCUUAUGAACACAGAAAACCUGGACACAGCAUCAAAACUGCCCUGGGGAAAUCCUGCCCUCAACUAUGACUACAACCUGGCUUUUCUAGCUUUGCUUUUGUUUCCAAAUAAAGAGCCAGCAGCUUUAUUCACACCUAGGUAUUUACUUUCUGUGGGCCUGAUACUCUCUCGAGAGAGAAUGGACUUGGUGAGGUGUGUAUAACUAUUAGUAAGGAAAUCGGGAGAUGAAGCAGACAAGGCAGAGAAACACGCAACAACUCAUUGUACACAUAUAUGGAGUGAGCCAGAGGUGGGAGACCGGAAAAUAGAUUGGGUAAUGGAGGAAAACACACCCACUGCCAUUAAAAUAAAGCAGCUGAGACUUGGGUCACGUUUAUGAGGAUGAAAAAACUAAUUGUACUAGUACUACCAGCCAGGAGAAAAUCUGGUCAACCAACUAAAACAGAUGCUGACCCAGCCCAGUGUGGGUCAACCUAGCCCAUCCUUGAACCUCACCUCUCCAGUCACAAAUCGUACACCACU